AUGACUCGGCAAAGGGGUCCAGUGCGCAAUGAGUCACCCUGGCCACACGCACAUCGUCGUCGGGAGUUCGGCGACUGGUCGGACGAUAUGCAACCGCCCUACGGAAGGCCUCGACGUCAUCAGCCGCUCGCUGCGUUGAGGUGGGCGGUGCUCGACGAUGCCCACGUCAUUCGUUCAGUCAGCCCGCGGCCUCCCCGAGGGCCCGUUCGGCUCUCGUCGUCUGCACGCCGACCCCCGACCUCCGACGCUGCGUCUCUGCCACUGCUAUCCGCUCGCGCACACGCUGCCCGCCAGCUUCAUAUAUUCAAUGACAGCUCUCUGAGACACGCCUCAGAGCUUCAGCGCUUCGUCCUCAGCAGGCAGUCAGAGGGGUGCGACUUGUGGAGAAGAGCUGCGUCAGCUGUUGCUGCUCGUCUCCAGCCACACGAGCUGCUCCACGCCACCAACGUUCGGCGGGAACUGCUCGCUGUCGUCGUCGUUAUUGUGGUCCCUUGGUCCCACUCAAUCAUUCAGCGUCUGUCCGUAACUCCGCCAUCCUCCACCUACGCGUCAGCUAUGAAUUCUUUGGAACUGGACGAUGAUGCAUUCUAUAUUUGUACUGAAAUGUCCCCACGCUGUUUCGUCGUCCAAAAGGCCAUCCAAAUAGAUCGGAGUCAAAUCGAACGAAUGGUCGGCGAUCUAGAAAAGGCGCCGCCGCCUCCGAUCGACGCGCCACCGGCCCCGCAAUUGCCGUACUGGUUCACCACUGAAUGUCGUAACAACUUGGUAAAUUGCGACGUGCCCUCUAUGUCGGUGCCGAGCGCCCCUUCCCCGAUUCCCCCACCUCUUCCGAUGCCAGACCUCAAGCAACAGCUCAAAGCACAACUCGAGUACUAUUUUUCGAGGGAGAAUCUAAUAACCGAUCGAUAUUUGCGAUGCCAAAUGGAUGCAGAUCAGUUUGUGCCCAUAUCGAUUAUUGCUGGAUUUCGGAAGAUUGUACAGCUAACCAAUGACUACAAUUUGAUCUUGCAGGUUUUGCGAGAGUCCAACCAAGUGGAGGUGGAUGAACGCGGAGAAAAAGUUCGUUCUGUAUGCCGACGAUGUACCAUUAUUCUAAGGGAGAUCAGUGAAGAGCAUAGAGAGGAAGUGGAGAAAAUGCUCGCUGGGGGUCCGUCGUACGUUGAUUUGAAGUACGGGUUGAAUAAUAGCUGGUAUGUAACGUUUGACAAUGAAGAGACGACUCAACAAGCGUAUCUUCACCUGCAGAAUAUGAACAUCACCUUUAAUAACAAACCGAUUUGUGCCCGCAUUAAAGCCGGAGGCCCUCCUAGCGAUUUACCGCCAAUCGAUCGGAUGCCAACUCAGAUGCCAGAACCAAUUGCCGCCGAACCGCAACUUUAUACACCACUGUACGAGUUAGGGCAGUUGCUAGCCAGCUAUGGCUAUGUACCGCGGGCAACGUUUAGACCAGGAGCCACAGUUGUUCACGUGCAAGAUGAAACUCGGCAGCGUAUGAACAGACACGGACAACCACAGCAUCAAAGGAACUCUCAUACUGGACGAUCUAACAGAACAUACUCAUCUGGUGCAAAUGGCUAUCCAAUGCAUCCGAAUGGCGCUGUUCCACCACACUCUUCAACAGGAAUCAAUGGGAUUCUACCAUCCACGUCUCAGUACGGAGGAAUAGAACGACGAAGUUACCGCGAGCAAAAUUCCAGGGGCGGUAGAAGCUCAGCCGCUGGAGGAGCAUCUCGUCGUGGAAACGGCGAACGCACUUAUCACCAAGGAGGCCGCCGAAACGGAGGUGGAUUAAAUCAAGAUGGCCGACGUCGUAGCGACUACAUCAAUGGUGGAGGUGGGGGGUGUGGUGGUGGUAGUGGUACAACGAAUAGCGGUGAGUCCAUGCUAAGCGUCUCUACGGGAAAUCUUGCUUCCGCCGCUUCUGCUGGAUCUUCAAACACCCUUCAAAUUGAAAGACCACGGUAUAAUAGCUUCCGUCGCGAGAGGAAUGCUGAUAGCGAGCAUUUAUCCACAAAUGACACGUCCAAUACAUCCUCUGGAAAAGGUAGACGCUGGGAAGCGGACAGUGAGAAUGGAAGUGAUGGACAUGCGGAAAGAAAGGCUUCGUCACAAAGUGGUUGCUCUGCGUAUUCUUUUGAAGAGAGGGCAUUCCCAUCGUUGUCAGAGCCAAAACCGGAACCGAAAAAACCGGUUGAAAAGCCAUCGUUCAGUUGCGUCGCUGCUGGCAAGCGAUACGCAAAACCUGAGCCAAGGAAAAGUUACGCAGAGAAACUCAAGGAGAAAACGGCUAAAGUGGGUCGUCGUCUAUGUGUAAUUCUUCACGGAAGAUACUUCCUGUAUUCCGAAUAUGAGCAUUAUGCAAACAGCAAAAAGUUCAACAAAAACCAGAGCAUAUCAGACUAG